AUGACGAACGAAGAAGGCUAUAACAAACUCAUUGAAAUGGGUUUAGUCGGUGAAAAGAUGGGCUGUUUUAAGCUAGAUAAGGUAUUUUCCGAAGUUCAUGUCCUCUCCAAGCGUAAGUACUGGGGUGUUAAAGAAGAUGGUGAAAUAGUUAAACAUUGCAUGAAGUAA